AUGCCUCACCAAGCUGCUUACAUUCCUGCAAAGAAGGCCCAGUUGGAAAUUUCCACUGCCGAGUACACUAAGCCGGGUGAGAACAAAAUCACAGUCAAAAAUGGCGCCGUUGCGAUCAAUCCCUUGGACUGGUUCAAGCAGGGUUCCGGCGACUUGUUUGCACCAUGGAUCAAAUAUCCCCAUAUUAUGGGUAGCGAUCUCGCUGGGGAGGUAGUUGAGGUUGGACCUGGGGUAACAAGAUUCAAAGUAGGCGAUCGAGUAGUUGCUCAUGCCGUUGGUAUGGACAAGCGAAGCAACAAGUCUUCUGAGGGCGCAUUCCAGGAGUACACCGUUGUGCAAACCAAUCUCUCCUCUCAAAUCCCCGAUCAUAUCUCGUAUGAAGCUGCAUGUGUGCUUCCUCUUGGUCUUUCCACUGCUUCAUGUGGCUUAUUCAUGAAAGAUUACCUGGCUCUGCGACACCCGACCAACGAGAAACCCGUCUCCGUUCCUGACAAAAGGGAAGCCAUUCUUAUCUGGGGUGGCUCGACGAGCGUCGGCUGCAAUGCAAUUCAGCUGGCUACCGCCGCUGGUUACGAAGUCAUUACAACGGCGGGGCCACAUAACCACGCUCUCGUGAAGAAACUUGGCGCCGUCGAGGCAUUCGACUACAACAGUCCCACCGUUAUUGAGGACAUUGUAGCCGCCUUCAAAGACCGGGUCAGCGUUGGCGCCAUGGCCAUCGGUCCGAAGUCAUUGGCAUAUUGCGUUGAUAUCAUCGCUCGAAUCCCGGGAAGGAAGUUCGUUGCCCAAGCCAGUGUUGAUUUACCUGCGAGUGGAUUUCCGCAAGGAAUUCUAGAUUGGCCAGCAUUUGGUCUACAAAUGGGCAUCUCGAUGAUGUCUCUGAAGACCAAGGCAUUGCUGAAAAGAGUUCAAGCGAAGUUUAUUUGGGGUAGUGAUAACAUGGAGAACGAGGUUGGAAAGGCUAUCUACGAAGAUUAUCUUCCUCGGGCGCUACAAGAUGGUCGAUUCGUUCCGGCUCCAGAGCCUUAUGUCUUGGGUAAAGGUUUGGAGCACAUUCAGGAGGGGAUGGAUUUAAACAGGAAAGGUGUUUCUGCAAAGAAGGUGGUGGUCACAUUAUGA